GUCUACUCGGUUCGGUUCGCUGUCAUAUUUGAUGUCAUAAUUGUCAGUAUAGCAGUAAAGCAGAAAAUAAAUUCCUUUUAGUUUCAUUUUUAUAGAUGCAUACGUAACUGUAUGUAUGUAUGUAUGUGCGCGUUUUUUCCGUUUCCACUGGCAUCCUGUUAUAAUUACCGGCUCGCUUCUCUCCAAUAUGCGACGCAUGCAACAAUAAUUGAGAUAAAGUGCAAUGGUAUAUGCUUUUGUUACUGUUGUUAGAACUAAUGCACGUAUGUGGUCAUGGUGGCAUUCCAAUCGGCAUGUUCCUGUUUGAUUUCUAUUAUCAUUGAAAAUCAUCAUAUUGCUGGUGACAGUUGUAACCAUACCUUGACUUCAUAUCCAUCCAUGCCCAUACCUAUUUAUGGUGGGAUGCUCAUGCGUAUCUAUCGUAUACAUAUGAUUAUUGUGCUUCGUGAUAAUUUCAUCAUCUAAGCUAAAGGGAACGGAUAGUCCAAGCCUUACUUUUGUCUACAAUUAUUACAUAUGCGUAUGUGUAUUCAUUUAAUUUAUAACUCACAACCGGGACUUUUAACGUUUAUUUUACUUGCAUUGUCCGUCGCCCAUCGCCCAUCGCCCAUCGUCCAUCGUCCAUCGCCCUGUUGAAAAUUGAAAAUUGUGGAAAUUUAACGUAACUUUAGUAACGUGAAAUGUACAAUACUUGGCUACUUAUUACAGCAAUUACAACCGUUGGAUGCUUAUGGAAUUCGCAACAAACUGAAACAUCCAAGUCAUGCCCAACCGAAUGCAUUUGCUUAUCACAGACACAAGUGCUUUGUAAUACCGGAGGUCUCGAGCAAAUCCCUUUGCGUCAAUUACCGCCGACUGUUGAAAAUCUCGCAUUAACUAAGAAUAAUUUUCCUAUCAUUAAACCGGAUUCAUUUGCUGGUUUGCGAGCGCUUAAAAAACUAUCUUUGGACGGCAAUAAUAUAACAAAAAUUAAACAAUUUGCUUUUCGUGGCUUACCGCGCCUCAAAGAGCUCUCGAUACAAUAUACGCCGUUGCAGACGGUGACGUCGUUCGCUUUUGCUGGUUUACAAAAUCUCUCAACAAUUCUAUUAAGUCAUAAUCAAAUCGCACGCAUAGAAGCGAAUGCUUUUGCGGGGACUUCCAAUGUUAAGCUGAUACUUCUCUCUAAUAAUCCCUUAAUCAAAAUCGAUACAUCAGCGUUUUCCAGUUUGACAAAUGUUGGGCAUUUAAUAUUACCAUCUGGCAUACGUACAAUUGAAUCGGAUGCGUUUUUCAGUAUGGAUAGUGUCGGUCUAUUGAAAUUAGCUUAUAUGGAUCUUAAGGAGGUGCAGCCGUUCACAUUUCGCGGUCUCUCCAACGUUUUACUAUUAACAUUACAAGAAUCUGACUUGGGCGUAAUCUGUGUAGACGCAUUUACUGGUCUCACGCAAGUGGAAACUUUGCAGAUACUAAACAAUAAAAUCGAUGCAAUUGAGGAAUUAAAUUUCACAUAUAAUGCAAAUAUAAAACAUUUAAAGGUGUACGGCAAUCAUAUACUGGAAACACCCGAACCAAGUGCUAUUAUUAUAGAUGGAGUCGAUCAUUUGCAAUUAAUUAAUAAUCAUUUUCCCUGCGGUUGCCAUAUACAUACACUGCUCGAAGGUCCAUUAGUCGAAGGUGCUCAUAAUCUUAGCGAUUUCUUAGAGAAAAAUUUUUGCAUUUCUCCGCUAGAAGUGAACGGUCGUGCAAUGAUCGAAUUGGACAUCGAUGCCAUCGGCCGUUGUCAAGAUCAACUUACGAAAGGUAAUUUAGGUUCCUCAGCCUCUUCGAUGGCUUUCAGUAUAAAUAUGAUUUUAUUCAUAUCUAUUGCGACAAUUAAACUCAAUACCUGUUUAGUUUUACUUUAUAUAAUUGUUAAGUUUUUCUUUAAUUUUGAAUGUAAACAGAAUACAUAG